AGAGGCUUGUUGGUGGUAGUUUUUCAUGCAAGUGCCAUUUUGUCUACAUGUCGAGAGCGCCGUGAUUGGAUUUUGUGUGUGGGUAUUGGAGCCAAUCAGAGAAACCGGGCGGCGGACAAACGCUGUAGCAGUAGACUGAAUUGAGGCCUUUCAGAGUUCAUUGACCAUGGAGCAGUACACUACCGCCACCACAUCUACUGGGGAACAGAUAGUGGUUCAGACUGCUGCUGGGCAGAUCCAACAACAGGUGCAGGGGCAGCCUCUGAUGGUGCAGGUGAGCGGUGGUCAGCUCAUCACCUCGUCGGGCCAGCCCAUUAUGGUCAUGGGGGGGCAGGGAGGGCAGGGGCAGACCAUCAUGCAGGUGCCCAUGUCUGGAUCUCAGGGGCUCCAACAGAUCCAGCUGGUGCAGCCAGGUCAGAUCCAACUCCAGGGGGGACAGACUCUACAGGUACAGGGUCAGCAAGGCCAGACCCAGCAGUUCAUCAUUCAGCAGCCCCAAACUGCUGUGACCGCAGGACAGAACCAGGGCCAGCAGCAGAUUACAUUACAGCCGGGGCAGCAAGUGGCUCAGACUGCAGACGGUCAGACCAUUGUGUACCAGCCAGUCAAUGCUGAUGGGUCCAUUCUACAGCAAGGUUUGAUCACCAUCCCUGCCUCUAGUCUGGCUGGUGCUCAGAUCGUUCAGGCAAGCAACAGCACCAACACAACAAACAGUGGUCAGGGUACAGUGACUGUCACACUGCCUGGCAACAUGGUCAACGCAGGUGGCAUGGUCAUGAUGGUUCCGGGUGGCGGUGGCAGUGUGCCCACCAUGCAGCGUAUCCCCCUGCCGGGGGCGGAGAUGCUGGAGGAGGAGCCUCUGUAUGUCAACGCUAAGCAGUACCACCGCAUCCUGAAGAGACGGCAGGCCCGCGCCAAGCUGGAGGCAGAGGGAAAGAUCCCCAAGGAGAGGAGGAAAUACCUGCACGAGUCUCGUCACAAGCACGCCAUGGCGAGGAAGAGGGGUGAUGGCGGACGCUUUUUCUCGCCGAAGGAGAGGGAGGAGAUGGCUCUGGCCAUGCAGGUGAGGGCUCAGGGUGCCCUCAAACAAGAGGAUGUGUUUGGAGGUGUUGAACUCAACUCUAAUUGGCAACCUACUUCUGUUGCCUCCCUCAGCUAACCAACAAGUAGCAGCCAUUUCCACCCCUCACUCUGUCACAUGUCCACCGCAGCCACUCAUUUCCCCUGCACUCUUAAAACGGUCAUCCUUGCUAUCUUUGUAUGUUUUAUUAUAUUGGUUACCUUGUAGUUUUGUAUCAAAGAAUAGUAUAGUUUUUUACAAGUUAUGUUUUUUUGUGUACUUGUUUUUUGAGUAUAUAAACAGGGGUGCUUUUAGAUGCGGGCAUAUUUUUUUGUGUACCCUUUGUUGUUCUUUUGAUGUAUUCCAGCCACUUGAUCCCUAACCAUGUCUCUGGCAAACCACGCUGAGUUCAAAAGCUUGUUCUUUCACAUAGAGCUGUACAUACUGACCACAGGAUGCUGCUGAGGGGAGAACACCUCAUAAUAAUGUCCAGAACAGAAACGGAGCAGAUGGAAUGGCAUCAAACACCUGGAAACCAUGUGUUUGAUGUAUUUGUUACCAUUCCACUUAUUCUGCUCCGGUCAUUAUCACGAGCCCAUCCUCCCCAAUUAAGGUGCCACCAACCUCCUUUGAUACUGACUCAGUAAAAUGUUCUCCAAUGUCAUUUGAAAUGUGUCUUGGCUUUGUUUGAGCUCUUGUUGCAAGCUGAAGAAUGUUAGAAUGUUAAUGUUGCUGUUUUUGUCCAGUGUUGCUUCCUUGCUGUUGUGUUGUCUUGUUAAACUUGUACCAUGUUGUAGUGUAAACAUCUCUGCUAACACCUGUGUUCAUUUAACAGCUGCAGGGCUAGGAUGGGAGUGGUUUAAAGGUACUGUAUGAAUUUAACACAAGAUCACUAUAAAACAAAUAUUUAUUUUCCUAACCUUUGUCAAUGCUGCUUCAUAUUAUGAAUGUCUUGGAUCAGACCCACCCCUCAAUGUAGGUUGAUUUAUCCUAAUUUUAAAUAUUAAACAUGGUGCUAUACAUCCAACCAUCCUUGGAGAAAGAGCAAUUAACACCAAUGCUGAACAUAUAGUAAUUAUACACACAUUAAGCCUGAAUUUGCAGCAGUUUUAUUUAUGCCCACGCAAGGUUUAUUGGGAAGUUGGUAAUGGCUAACCACAUGUAACAGAUUAAGAAUGAGGCUGUGUGUGUUUUCUAUGUAUAAUGUUUGUGUAUGAUUUCUGUUUUUAUGAUUGCUGACAUUUUUCUGCGACUGCCACCUGUCUCAUUGCCCAUCAUUCACAUUUGUGACGUGUGUUUGUGUAUUUACAAUUAAACAUUUAUCUUUCUG